AUGGUGAGCACAGAGACGCUGAUAGCUCUGCUGGGCGUUUGUCUUGUGUCACUUCUUCUUCCACCAUAUUGGCCAAUGCUUGUGCUGGGCAUUGCAGCCCUGUACGCAUUGGGCUUGUGCCUCAGUCACGAGGCCACCCGCGGACAAAGUGACGCAGAGACGUCCGCAAUAAUGGAUGCGGAGAAUGGCGAGAAUGAAGAUUACGAG